CUGUAGCCCAGUGUGCACUUUUGCACUUCGCGUCAACUUGCAGCAAGCCCGUCGCGGUCAUGGCAAGCAUGUUUCACGCAGCCAUGCGACUUCCUUAUUUCAUACGAAGAACAGAUUUCCGCGGCAGUAGUCAGGAGCAUCCCCAUGCAGGCGCGGAACCCGCGCAAGUGUUUUGCCAACCUUCGCUUCGCGCGGAAUCGGUAUAAUAGUUUGUAAGGCUAGUGAGCCCUUUAGUUCAUGUCCCUAGGGCCAUAGCCAAUAGAUUUUAGGAACCUUUCGCUAGUUCGAUUGUAAGAGCCCUCGAGGCUCUUUAGACUUUUCACAAUUAAUUUCCAGGAGCCACUCGCCGAGAUGGACGGCGCCUUCCCCAAUCGUCGGGGGGACGGAUACGGGGGCAGCCAGGGUGAUGGCGAGGGCCAGGGAGGGAAGCCUCGCGGCUUCAGGGGCACCGCGGAGAAUGCCAAGACCAAGGUCUGCACUAGGUGGCUGCAGGGCGAUUGCCGCUUUGGCGCGCGCUGCAACUUUGCCCAUGGCGAGCACGAGCUGCGGAAGCUGCCCGAGCGUCAGGGCGGGCGCGGUGGUGGUGGCCGGGGCUAUGGAGGCAAUGCUGGUCCCUACGGUGGCCGGGGCGGCUACGGCGGUGGUGGCUACGGCGGCCAGCCCGGCAUGCCCGGCGGCUACGGCGGCGGCCAGGGCGGCGCGCCCGGCCCCAACGUGUCGGAGGACGUGUGGGCGGCGCAGGGCUACCCGGUGCAGGGCCCUAACGGUUGGGUGCAGUACCGCACCCGCGACACCGGGGAGCCCUACUUCCACAACCACCGGACAAACGAGACGGUGUGGGACCGGCCCGCGGACUGGCCGGUCACGAUGCAGGGCCAGAUCUGAGCAGGACGCGGCGCGUAGCAGCUGAUACACGACGACGAGGACAGGGCGGAAGAGCAGGAGCCAGCGGGAGCGGGAGCAAGCGGAGACUGGGCAAAGGCUGUGUAGAGCAACAGCUGCCACGGGUUGCGGGUGGUGCACACAAAAAGCGCUCCCGAAUGGUAUAUACAUUCGGGUUCGGGGGCGGUCGCGCGUGAGGAGGCGCGCCUGGCAACGGGCGGACGCGUGUGUGCGUGUGCAUGUGUGGUGGGCAGCGGGUGAGGACGCGGCCGCGGCGGAGAAGAGGCGUUGCUUUUGUGGCGGGGGUGCACACUGAACACCACGCCGGCCGGGAUCAUAUAGGCCGUGUGAACACCUGCGAGUUGACUGCGCUGGAGCAAGGCUGAUGACUUGUGUGAGUUGGACACCGACACGAGUUGCGGCACCCAUAUCAAUUGUGAUGUGCCGUCUAGGAACCCGUCGGCUGAUGACCCCAGGUGUGCGAACCUAGUCCCGACGGCGGCCCCAGCCAUAGCAUGCUUCUCAUAGUGUAAGCGCUGGUGGUCGUGGCGGCGUUAGACGAAGUAGAGCGUAGUGCUGAUUGACCAUUGGACUUCCUCGGUGGGCGAAUGCCCUUGGACCUAGAAGAUGCUGGAAGAUGAUGAUGAAUUAGAGCGAGACUUUCCCGGCCGCGAGGGCGAGAGGCCCGGGGGCCUUCGUCGUGGGCGCCCGGUGUCGAUUGAGCCGGCGGUCGAAGGGGUCUUGGUGUAUUUCGGUUGCGGAGGCGUUUGGGUGUGCCGGAGACAUGCGUAGGACACGGGAGCAAGGGGGCCGAGCCGGGCCGUUCUGGAAUGACCGCAGGGAUGGGGGGGAGUGCGACGCUGGAUGGCUGUGCGAGUGGAGGGCGGUCACUCAGGGGCAAGCAGGGCAAGGGCGAGGGACGUGUGGCCGCCGUGAGCUGCGGGCCCUGACCGGCAUCGGGGAUUGAAGGCUGUAACGAGCAACGCAG